AUAACAUUUAACAUUCAUUACUACCAAAUUCCUAAAACCCUAAUCCUAAAAAUCCCUAAACACAAAACCAAAUAAGAAUAGAUUGAUUCGAUUUCGACGCCAUGAACGUCGAUCACGAUCAACCGCCGCACACCACCGCUACCGCCGCCGCAAAGGCACAACAAGCUUUACAAACCCUAACAGCAGGUCCACUCUCGUCUUCAGUGGCGAAACUCGCCGCUUCUUCACGUUGCAUUCCUUCCGAAAGAGACUUCUUCUUCUACCGCAACUUCGAAGAAUUCAACGUUCCGAUAAACGAGAUCGCAAGGGAAUCGCAAACGAUGUUGGAAGCAAUCGGAGCGGCGGCGAACGCGGCUUUUCCGGCUGAUUUAGAUGAUUCGUAUGAUUGGCUUGUGAAUGUAAACGACGAAGUUUUGGAACGGUUUGAUUUAUCGGUGGAUGAGUUUCGUAGGGUUAGGGAAGAGGAAGAGAAGAGUGGACGUGUGAUUAAUGAUGAUAUGAUGGUGGAAGAUGGUUUUGAGUUGGUUUGUGGGAAGAAGAAGAAAGGUGGGAGAGGGAAGGUUGUGGCGGAGGAUUUGGAGAUUCCGGUGGUUGGUGGUGUUAAGGUGGCGAUGAAGGAUAAGAAAACGGUUGGGCCGAAGGCGAAGGUUCCGUUUCAUAUACCGACGAUUAGGAGGCCGCAGGAUGAGUAUAGUAUAUUGGUUAAUAAUUCUAAUGUGCCCUUUGAGCAUGUUUGGUUGCAGAGAAGUGACGAUGGAGAGAGGUUUAUUCAUCCAUUGGAAAAGCUUUCUGUUUUGGAUUUUGUUGAUAAAGAUCCUGAGGAUGUUGUGCCACAAAAGCCUCCCUCAAUAGAAAGCACCCCUUUCAAGCUUGUAGUAGAAGUCAAAGAUUUGAAGGAGUUGGCUGCUAAGCUGCGUUCUGUUAAUGAAUUUGCGGUUGAUUUGGAACAUAAUCAGUAUCGAUCUUUCCAAGGAUUGACUUGCCUGAUGCAAAUCUCAACAAGGACCGAAGAUUUUGUUAUCGACACUUUGAAACUUCGCAUUCAUAUUGGGCCUCAUCUAAGGGAAGUCUUCAAGGACCCUUCCAAGAGGAAGGUUAUGCAUGGUGCGGAUAAAGAUGUUCUGUGGCUUCAACGAGACUUUGGCAUUUAUAUUUGUAAUUUGUUUGACACUGGUCAGGCUUCAAAGGUGUUAAAAUUGGAGAGAAAUAGUUUGGAGUAUCUUCUGCACCAUUUUUGCGAGGUUACUGCAAACAAAGAAUACCAGAAUGGGGACUGGAGAUUACGCCCUAUUCCUGAUGAGAUGUUAAGAUAUGCCAGAGAAGAUACACACUAUCUGCUGUAUAUAUAUGAUUCAAUGAGGAUUAAGUUAUCUGCCUUGCCAAAGAUGCCUGAAAGUUCCGAUUCCCCUCUUGUGGAGGUCUACAAGCGCAGUUAUGAUGUCUGCAUGCAGCUAUAUGAGAAAGAACUUCUGACAGAAAAUUCCUACCUUCAUAUAUAUGGGUUGCAAGGGGCUGAUCUUAAUGCUCAACAGCUUGCCAUUGUUUCAGGACUCUGUGAAUGGCGGGACAUUGUAGCCCGUGCAGAGGAUGAGAGUACUGGAUAUAUAUUGCCAAAUAAAUCUGUCCUUGAAAUCGCUAAGCAGAUGCCUGUCACUACAAGCAAGCUACGGCGACUGGUGAAGUCAAAGCAUCCGUAUGUUGAACACAAUCUUGAUACUGUUGUUACUAUUAUUAGGCAUUCAAUUCAGAAUGCUGCUGAUUUUGAAGAAGUUGCACAGCAGUUGAAAGAAGGACAUGCCACCACUGCGUUAGACACAACACCUGUUACUGAUCAGAAGGAAGAUCCCGUACUCCUAACACAGAACACAAAGGAAAAUUUUCAACAUCAAGAUACCGAUAUACAAAUAAAAUUGAAGCCCCAUAUUCUCACAUCUGAGCUCCCAAGAGACAGUCUCACUAUUACAGAGCAGGCUAGGGAUGCAAAUGUUGGUGUAUUCUCUACAUUGAAGGGAAAUGAAGCAACUGUUCAGGUUCUUAAAAAGCCUGGUGGUGCUUUUGGGGCACUGCUGGGAAACUCAGCUUCAAAGAGGAGGCUUGGUCCUGAUAAAAAGGGCAAGGAAGAGAUCAAGCUAGAGCAGAUUCGAUCUUCAGUCACUCUUCCGUUCCAUUCAUUUUCGGGUAGCAGUGAGGAUUCAAAACCUGUAGUAGAAACUCCCAGUGUAGCAUCAGACAUCCAAAAACCGGUUUCCGAUCCAGUUUCCACCUCCACUCUAGAUGAGAUUAUAAUGCUUGAGACUGAUACAGGUGCAGAGGAGGAUAUUGAACAGAAUAACAAUCGAGAAAACCCCAAUGAGAACAGGGAGAAAAAUUCUAGUGCCUCUUCAGAUGAGGAUGAGCCAACAUCUCUUUCCGAACUGUCAUCGAACUUUCAAAAGUGCUUUCAGUCAAACAAUCAAAACAACAAAACCAGACUGCCAAAGAAAACCGAACAACGAAGGGGCUUAUUACAGCUGCAGCCAUUUGAUUAUGAAGAAGCAAUGAAACAUGUUAAGUUUGGAGAAAAAAAGAAGGAUCCAUCCUCCCAGAAUAGCAAUGGUCGUGUGGAGAAAGAGGAUGCGGGUGGCAAGAAGAAGCGGUCAACAAUUGGAGAGGCACAGCCAAGUGAUUUGACCAAACAGUUUCAACAAGGUAGAAGGCGUUUAGCAUUUCCUACUUCUGGGAAUCGCAGUGCAACUUUCCGUUGAAACAAUUGAAAGAGAUGCUAUGUACAAGUUUAAUGGGAAAGUUGAAUGUUGCUCUUAGCAUCAUUAUCUUCAUUCAAUUAUAGUUGCUUAUACGACGAAGAUGAAAAAAGUACAGGAGCUAACAAGUCGACCAACCAUUUGUUUGUAAUGUAGCAGUUAGAAAAGUCUAAAUUUAAGGUUCAUUUUAGUUCAUAUUUAAUUUUAGGAACUAAUUUUGAUCGACAUGAGUUGUUCUCUUGUAUUAUCAUCUGUUAUGUUAAUAUAUUAUUAAAUGAAUUUUAUUUUAACAA